GCUCCGCUGGCCCGAGAAGUUGGCAGCCUUUGUCAGGCCCGGGGUGGGAGGUUCAAGCUCGGGACCGGAGCGAAGCCUUUCGGAGGAGCCCGCAGAGGGGAGGCAGGAAGGAGGACCACCAGGCCUCGGGGCUUUCCACUCUUCUGUCCGGAGAGGUCUGCCCGGGGGGGCCGGAAGGAGGUGGUCACCAUGGAGACAGAUGUGGCCGAAAUGCCCGGGAAGAGAGCUCUGUCUUCCCAGGAGUCUCCAUUCUCCCAAGAGAAGAGCACAGAAGAAGGAGAAGUGGCAGCUCUGCACCUCACAGCCAGGUCCCAGGCACCUGUGACGUUCAAGGAUGUGGCCAUGGACUUUACCCCAGAGGAGUGGGGGAGGCUGGACCCGGCGCACAGGGACGUGAUGCUGGAGAACUACAGGAGCCUGGUCUCGCUGUGGCUUCCAGUUUCCAAAGCUGAGCACUACGAUUUGGAGAAUGGAAAAGAUCCCUUGGUGCUUGAGAGAAAAGCGCCCAAAAGCAGCUGUUCAGACUUGGAGACUAGAUCUGAGAGCAAAGAUUCCACUUCAGUGCAAGAUUUUUCCAAAGAGGAGUCAUGCCAGGUUGCAGUAAUAGACAGGCUGACAAGGAGCAGCGUCUAUGACUCCGACUUGGAAACAGCUCUCGAGUGUGAAAACUGGGUAGAGAACCAGCAAGGAGAUCAGGAGAGACACUUGAGAGAAACGCUCGCCCACAUGAAUUCACUCCCCGAAGAGAGGGCUCGUGAGCGUGACGUUUACUGGAAAAGCUUCGGGCAGAAGUCAAUCCUUCUCCCUCAAGACAGAGUUCCCAAAGGAUCCUAUGCCUUUCAUACCCUUGGAAAAAGAAUGAAACAGAAAUCAACCCUAAUGAAAAAGCAGAGGACCUAUAAAGAGAAAAAGCCUCAUAAGUGUAACGACUGUGGUGAGCUCUUCACAUACCACUCGGUGCUCGUCAGACACCAGAGGGUCCACACUGGGGAGAAGCCCUACAGCUGCGGUGAGUGUGGCAAGUCUUUCAGCCACAGGGCCAACUUAACCAAACAUCAGAGGACUCACACGAGAAUCCUUUUCAAGUGCAGCGAAUGCAAGAAGGCCUUCACGGAAAGCUCAUCCCUCGCGAUCCAUCAGAGGAUUCACGUUGGAGAGAGGCCUUACGAGUGCAGCGAGUGCGGGAAAGGCUUCAAUCGAAGCACCCAUCUCGUGCAGCACCAGUUAAUCCACACAGGGGUGAAGCCGUACGAAUGCAACGAGUGUGACAAAGCCUUCAUCCAUUCGUCAGCCCUCAUCAAACAUCAAAGAACUCACACGGGAGAGAAACCCUACAAGUGUCAGGAGUGUGGGAAAGCCUUCAGCCACUGCUCUUCCCUCACUAAGCACCAGAGGGUGCACACCGGGGAAAAACCAUAUGAAUGCAGCGAAUGUGGGAAAACCUUUAGCCAGAGCACACAUCUUGUUCAGCAUCAGAGAAUCCAUACCGGAGAGAAACCCUACGAGUGUAACGAAUGUGGGAAAACCUUCAGCCGGAGCUCAAAUUUUGCCAAACAUCAAAGAAUUCACAUUGGAAAGAAGCCGUACAAAUGUAAUGAAUGCGGAAAAGCCUUCAUUCAUUCGUCAGCUCUUAUUCAACACCAGAGAACUCACACUGGAGAGAAACCCUACAGAUGCAAUGAGUGUGGGAAAAGCUUUAAGUGCAGCUCAUCCCUCAUCAGACAUCAGAGGGUUCACACUGAAGGGUAGCCCUGAGAAGUUCCUGAAUGUGAGAAAAUGGCCCCCAUCAAGAAGAACUGAAGCAGCUGUGAGGCACAAGGACAUACCUUCAUGUCACGUAUGGAAAGCAGCACAUGGGACAGUGACUGCUGGAGGACAGGCAGCUCCCCACCAUGAAGAAGUCACCGUCUCUCGGGUCUCACGCCUUCCCACGGUUUUGGUGGCUGUCCUCUGUUGGUUGGUUGGUCGUAGCUGUACCCCAGAGCCCCCAAGAAGGUAGCAGAGGCACGAAGCCACGGUGAUCUGUUGGCAUCAGUUAUGUGGGUGACCAAAGACCCAUGUGGUGGGAUCAGAAACACAGAAGCAAAAGUUCAAAUAAAUAUUUAGCAAAACACUUCACACACGUCAGGAUUUUUUCUGCUGUAUUGUGUGGAAAGAUUGUAGAAAAGAUGGAGAAGGAAAAAGUAGUCAGUUGCAGGUUUCUUCUUUCUCUCCUGAAUCCUAUCGUGUUUUGAACGUUCAGCAGCCAGACCGUGCUCUUGCCCCCUCCACAUGAUCUCCUUUACUUCUUUUUUUGUAAGUUAGAAAAUUUUACCAAAGUUUAAUAGUAUAAUAAUCCUUGAUUUUUCAAAGCAGCCGCCAGCUUUUCAGCUCUGGACGCAGAGGUUACGCAGCCUCGUGGCACUGGUUCACCAGAACUAUCAUGCUUUCUCAGGAAAGCGCAGAGACCAUCUUUUUCAUCGCCAUUGAUUCCUAUAAUCCCCUCUGCAGGCCUGAGUUCUAUUACUGGGGAAAAGAGGAAUAGACUGUGAAGAAGUGGUGGUGGUAGACGUCAAGCUCAAGUAUAAACCCAGCAGUGAUGGAAAUCAAAGAAAACAGUAGGAAAUGGAAUGGAAAGGACUGGGAAGAGGUUUUGAAAAUAAUUUUUUAAAAAAACCACGUUGAAGGGGGCCCAGCUCUGAAGUCAGGGUAGGAGACUGGCCUACCUGGGAACAAAGUAAAGGCAGAGGAGCUGACCCUUACACCUCCUUGAGAGGGAACUGAUGAGCAGGCCCCUCGGCCCCAGACCAGGCCUGUCCCACUGCCUGUCUCUGUAAAUAAUGUUUAAUUGGAACACGGCCUCACUCAUCAUUCACACAUUGUGUUCGGCUGUUUUUGUGCUACAGCGGCAGAGGUUGUACGUCCCCAAGAGCCUAAAACACUGGCUAUUUCUCAAUAUGCCACAUGCUCGAGAGAAGAAAUUCAUCAUCUGAGGGCCAACAUUUGACUUACGCAGUAAGAUCAAUGGGUUUGAGUUCCGCCACCUCCACUUAGCAAUUAUGUGCUUACUCUUUCUCUGCCUCAGUUUCCUUAUCUGUAAAAUGGGAAUAGAUCAUUCCUCUCACAGGGUUGUAGAGGAUUAAAUCAGACAACACAUGAAGAACCUGGCAAACUGAAUUAUGUUGAGAAAAUCUCUCUCCCUCUCUCCCUCUCUCUCUCCCUCUCUCUCUCCCUCUCCCUCUCUCUCUCUCUCUCUCUCUCUCUCUCUCUCUCUCUCUCUCUCUCUUUCUCAUUGGUUUCCAGGUGCCCCCAUGUGUACUAAAAUCCACAGAUACUCAAGUCCCUUAUAUAAAGUGCUGUAGUACACUUGGCCCUCUGUAUCUGCAGCUUUUGCAUCUGCAGAUUCAAUCAACUAUGGACAUCCACAAUUAGUUGCAUCUACGGAUACAAAACCAUUGAAUACAGAGGGCCGACUAUUGAAAAAAAAAUCCACAUAUAAGUGGACCUGCACAGUAGACACCCAUGUUGUUCAAGGGUCAACUGUUACAUAUUUUAAUGAAGUGGUGUCUUAGUCUGUUUGAGCUGCUUUAACAAAAUAUCAUUGACUAAAUGGCUUAUUUGUAAACAGCCAUCUCCCAGUUCUGGAGACUGGGAAGUCCAAGAUCAAAGUGCUGGCAGAUUCAGUGUGGUGAGAGCUUUUGUAAAUAAGUUCACUUGUAUCAUUUUUUUAGACUCUGCAUAUAAGUGAUAUCAUAUAUUUGUCUUUGACUGACUUCACUUAGUAUGUUAACUUCUAGGUCCAUCCAUGUUGCUGCAAAUGGCAAUAUUUCAUUCUUUUUUAAGGCUGAGUAAUAGUCCCUUGUAUACAGGUACCACAUCUUCUUUAUCCAAUCAUCUGUUGAUGGACAUUUAGGUUGCUUGUCUGUCUUGCGUUGGCAGCUCUUGACUUAAGUUAUUCUGCAGGCUGCUGAUUCCAGAGAAGAGAGGGUUUUGUGUCCUCAGUGCCAUUAAAGGCACAGGUGGCUUUGGAGUGACUGGUGUGGAUUACACAUCUAUCCUCGCACCAGUCGCUGCGGCCAAGGGAACUGGGUGCUCUGACGUGGGGCGAGGCAGAGGAGUAGUUUUAGCCUUAUCCAAACCGUGUAGAAUGGGUCUCCUACAAGGAUUCUGUUACCAGAAAUAGGAAGAAAGUAACAUCUCAGGAUCUGUGUCCACCAGCCAAGGGUCAGAGACUUGCCUUACUGACAGAGUACAGAGUGAGGGCAUCCUGCCUUCUGCAAACCCAGAAGGCAGUAGAGUGAGAAAACCAGCAGGGUUAACGUGACUAGCAAAUUGACCAACAAGAUGGAAGAUGCCGUUCUGGGCAUUGUGCACAGAACCGGGGCAGCACAAGGAGGAAUAUUUGACUGAACAGCCAAGGAAGGAAGUCCUACUGCAGAAGCACAGGAUGAGGGCAGGGUUGGUUUUUCAUUCUAGGAUCUAAAGGGAACACUGGCAAAGGAAUGGCCAUUGCUGACAAAAACAGUGGGUCCCAAAUGGAGUCACUUGUGCAAAGCCCACCUCAAACCUUCAUGCCUAACCUAACUGCAAUUUCAGUCUACCCCAGGAGUGUGGUCUUAACCUGUCAGUUUGGAAAUUUUCUGGUCAGCACCAGUGAGGUCACCUGCCACACAGGCCCCUUCCACCCGACUAAGGAAGGUGAUGUCAUCUGCCCUUUCCUUACCCCCUCCUCCUUCUGCCUAUAAAACCAUCCAUUUGUCCAGCUCCUCAGGGAACUCUCUGCUGCACAGGAUGCUGCCCGAUUCGUGAAUCAUUUAAUAAAGCCAAUUAGAUCUU